AUGUCUGUUACAGGCUUCAUAAGAACGGAUGAGAAAGUACCCUUUAAUCACAGCAUUGAGGAGACAAAAACUAUAAGACAUACUGACUACUUCUUUUCAUCCUACUCUCUGAAAAAAAUCCAGGUUGGACUAUGCCUGCUUCUGGUGGAGCUAUGUGAGAGGUUCACUUUUUUUGAAGUCGUCUGCAACAUGAUUCCCUUUUGCACUGUCAAGCUUGGCUAUCACAAUUACCAGGCAGCCAUUUUGAACCUGUGUUUUAUUGGAACUUCAAUACUUACCCCUGUGUUGGCAGGAUGGCUUGCUGAUGUCUAUCUAGGAAGAAACAAACUGGUGUAUGUUUGCUUAUUUCUACACUUUCUAGGCACCGCUUUGUUAUCUGUGGUUGCUUUUCCCUUAGAAGAUUUCUAUCUAGGCACUUACCAUGUGAUGAACAACAUACCAAAAAAGGAGCAAGGCCAGCUGUUUUAUGUAGCACUGUUGACCAUCUGCCUUGGCACAGGGGGGAUAAGAGCCAUCAUUUGUCCACUGGGUGCUUACGGCCUUCAGGAGUAUGGAUUGAAGAAACAAAUGUCUUUUUUCAACUGGUUUUAUUGGCUCAUGAACCUAAAUGCAACUGUUGUCUUUCUGGGAAUAUCUUACAUCCAGUACUCAGGGGCCUGGGUCUUUGUUUUGCUGAUUCCUUUUAUGUCUACAUUUAUGGCUCUAAUGAUUCUUCAUAUGAUGCAUUAUAACCUGAUCUAUAAGCCAGAAAAAUGUUGUUCCCUCCUGACAACCAUUGAGGUGUGUGUUAAUGCACUGAAAAUGUUUUGCCAGCAAUGUUACCAUCUUGGUUGUGAUGUGACAAACUGGUUAGACCAUGCCAGGGGAAAAAAUGGUGGCUGCCACCGUGAGCUCCAUGUGGAAGACACAACAUUUUUCUUCUCCCUUCUCCCUCUCUUCAUGUUUCAGCUCCUGUACAGAAUGUGCAUUGUCCAGAUUUCAUCAGGAUAUUAUCUGCAAACCAUGAAUUCCAACCUGAACUUGGAUGGAUUUCUUCUGCCUAUUGCAGCAAUGAGUGCCAUCAGUAUUCUACCAAUAUUAAUUCUGACCCCUUUUAUGGAGUAUUUCAGCACCCGCCUAUUUUCCUCUAAGAGCGGUGGACCAUUUCUGUCAUCAUGCAUUAUUGCUGGAAACCUUUCUGCUGCAUUGUCUAUAAUGGUAGCUGGCUUGUUUGAAAUACGUAGAAAAUAUUUCCCUCCAGUGGAGCAGCCUAUUUCAGGCAAAGUUCUAACAGUUUCUUCUAUGCCAUGUGUCUACCUGGUUCUUCAGUACAUCCUAUUUGGAGUAGCUGAAACACUGGUAAACCCAGCUGUUUCUGUAAUAUCAUACAGAUCAGUCCCAAGCACCAUCAGAGGAGCCUCCAUGAGUUUUCUGACACUGUUCAAUGGACUUGGUUGUUUCACCGGGGCACUGCUGGUAGAGUUGGUUUAUCUCAUCUCAGAAGGCAAUUGGUUUCCAAACACAUUAAACAAAGGCAAUUUAGAAAGCUUCUUCUUCUUCCUGGCAUCGUUGGCAUUGUUGAAUGUCCUGGGAUUCUGGAGAGUUUCACAAAGAUAUUGUAAUCUAAAUCAUUUUAAUGUCCAGAACAUCAGUGGAAGUAAUCUUGAAGAAACACUUCCCCUCCAAGAAAAGUCUCUGAAAUUUUAUGGCAGUAUACAGGAAUUCUCUUCAAGUAUUGAUCUUUGGGAGACAGCCCUAUGA